CAACGACGCCAAACACGCACUCCUUCACUGCUCCUCCGCGCAAGCAUUCACUGGUCUCCUCCUGGGGUGCACCAGGUAGCGCUACUCGCCGGCUCCAGGCACCUUGCGUUGGCGUUGCUUGGGGACGCUUUGAUUUGUUUUCCCCUAAAUCACGGUAGCGGGGCCCUUAAUUACCUUCUCCCACCCACGCGCCAGACCCCCGCGAGACGUGACGGUACCACAACAGCACCUCCCGCUGGGCCUGCAGCGACCACUUUUUCCCUAUACCCAGAGGUGCAGGUAAAGUGAGGCCGUGGGGCCGAGACACUGCAACGCCUCGCGAAUAUGUCGGGCUCCAACACCAUCAAAGUGGUGGCGCGGUUCCGUCCGCAGAAUAAGAUCGAGAUUGCCAGCGGUGGUGAACCCAUCGUUGACUUUAAGUCGGAGGACACAUGUUCAAUCAACUCCAAAGAGGCCUCUGGGGCCUUCACUUUCGAUCGAGUCUUCGACAUGAGCUCGCGCCAAGUUGACGUAUUCGACUACUCUAUUCGACCGACUGUCGACGACAUUCUCAAUGGAUACAACGGCACAGUCUUCGCCUACGGGCAGACAGGUGCCGGCAAAUCAUAUACAAUGAUGGGAAGCGAUAUAGACGAUGAGGCAGGCAAAGGUGUCAUUCCACGUAUCGUCGAACAGAUCUUCGCAAGCAUCCUGGCUUCUCCGAGCAACAUCGAAUACACCGUCCGGGUGAGCUACAUGGAGAUCUACAUGGAGCGCAUUCGAGAUCUGCUCAUGCCACAAAAUGACAACCUGGCUGUUCACGAGGAGAAGAGCAGGGGUGUCUACGUUAAGGGCUUGCUGGAAGUAUACGUCUCAAGUGUGGACGAGGUUUACGAGGUCCUACGAAGAGGUGGUCAAUCGAGAGCGGUUUCGGCGACCAACAUGAACGCCGAAUCGUCACGUUCGCAUUCCAUCCUCGUCGUCACAGUCACCCAGAAGAACGUCGAAACAGGGUCGAUGAAGAGCGGACAGCUGUUCUUGGUCGACUUGGCUGGUUCUGAGAAGGUCGGCAAGACAGGUGCUAGCGGUCAGACACUGGAGGAGGCGAAGAAGAUCAACAAGAGUUUGAGUGCGUUGGGCAUGGUCAUCAACUCCCUGACGGACUCGAAAGCGUCGCACGUUCCUUAUCGAGAUUCGAAACUUACCCGUAUCCUGCAAGAAUCUCUUGGAGGUAAUUCCAGAACGACCUUGAUCAUCAACUGUUCGCCAAGUAGUUACAACGAUGUCGAAACCCUCAGUACCCUGCGAUUCGGUAUGCGAGCGAAGACGAUCAAGAACAAGGCCAAGGUCAACGCUGAACUCAGUCCUGCGGAACUAAAGGCUAUGCUCAAGAAGGCACAAAGUCAGAUCACAACGUUCGAGACUUACAUUGGGUCGUUAGAGGGUGAAGUUCAGCUCUGGCGUGGCGGAGAGUCAGUUCCAAAGGAGCGGUGGACACCUGCUAUUGAAAGUAGCACAUCCACCACAAGCAAAAGGCCGGCUUCAGCAGCCCGCGCGCAGACCCCAUCGCGUUUCGAUGCCACCAGAAAUUCUGAAACGCCUUCGAGACCAGACUCGCGGAUGGACCUGGACCGCGCAGGCACACCUAGUAUACCUCUGGACAAGGACGAGAAGGAUGAGUUCUUGAGGAGAGAGAAUGAGCUUCAGGACCAAGUCGCAGAGAGGGAGUCACAACUCGCCAAGGCUGAAGACCAGCUGAAGACCGCCAAAGACGAGCUCCAGUACUACAAGGCCAAAGAUAGCGAGUCGACUAAAGCCAACGAGAAGAUGACGACCGAGCUCAACGAAAUGAGGAUGACAGUCGAGAAGAUUCAGUUCGAGGGCAAAGAGGCUCAGAUCACUAUGGACGGACUGAAGGAAGCCAACUCAGAGCUUACCAUGGAGCUUGACGAAGUCAAGCAGCAACUGCUGGACGCCAAGAUGAACGCUAAGGAGUCUAGUGCUGCUAUCGAUGAAAAGAAGAAGAAGAAGGCCGAGGCGAUGGCACAGAUGAUGGCUGGGUUUGACCUUGGUGACGAGGUGUUCAGCGAUAACGAACGCAGCAUUCGUAAGAUCAUCGAACAACUCGACCAGCUGCACGAGAUGAGUUCUACUGGAGAGGCGAUCGCUCCAGACUCUCUGCAAGAGCUGAGGGAGAGAAUAGUCGAGACCCAGGGCAUUGUUCGACAGGCAGAGCUCUCGCUGACAGCACGAAACGAAGAAGACAAUGUGCACAACAAGCGACGCGAAGCCCUUGAAGCACGAAACGCCGCUCUGCAACGCUCAUACGAAGAACUUCUCGAGAGCAACCUGUCUGAGGCAGACACCGAAGAGCUCAAGUCUCGUCUCGCAGAUGCAUACGCCGCUCGACAAGAUGGCAACGUAGAGCUUGUGGACGACCUGAAGGCAGAUCUGGCUCGGAGAGCGGAGGAGAACCAGAAGUUCAGGAACGAGAUUGAGAGCCUGCAACAACGCAUCAAGAGCGGCGCAAUUGCGAAUGGUGUCGCAAACGGCAUCAACGGCAAGUCCGUGCAGCAGCAGAUUGCUGAGUUCGACAACAUGAAGAAGAGCCUGAUGCGCGACCUGCAAAACAGGUGUGAGCGGGUCGUUGAGCUCGAGAUCUCCCUCGAUGAGACACGCGAGCAAUACAACAACGUACUUCGAACUUCUAACAACCGCGCACAGCAGAAGAAGAUGAUGUUUCUCGAGCGCAACCUUGAGCAGCUCACCGUUGUGCAGAGGCAACUUGUUGAGCAGAACAGUUCCCUGAAGAAGGAGGUUGCCAUUGCUGAGCGCAAGUUGAUCGCACGUAACGAGCGCAUCCAGUCGUUGGAGAGCUUGUUGCAAGACAGCCAGGAGAAGCUCACAGCAGCAAAUCAUCGCUUCGAGUCUCAACUCACAGCCGUCAAAGAGCGCCUCGAGGCCGCAAAGGCCGGCUCAACACGAGGUCUUGGUUCGCCCAACGCCGGUGCAUCGUUCGCCUUCGGUGGUGGCGUUGGCUCGCGGAUCGCGAAGCCCCUUCGCGGAGGAGGUGGAGACGGUCCUGCCCUCCCUAUCAUUGGCAGCCUUCAGAAGGAUGGUGAGGCCGAACCAAAGAACAAGCGUACAAGUUGGUUCUUCAAGCAAGGAUGAAUACCUCGGAUGAGACGAGCUUUUUAGAGCUUUUUGUAUACCCGGCAUUUGAUGGCUUUUGGUUUGGCACCGCAUCUUCACGACGGCGUUCGAGUGUGGUUCAGCAUGGGUCAGUAGAUGAUCACGUUUCCUUCGGUAGCCUGACAUAAGUGAACGAGACAUGAUCGUUCUGAUGUCGAAGGGCUUGGCACAUGUGCCCAUUGCCUGCG